AAGGCUGGUGCAGGGACAGGACAAGGAGACAGCAAGGCCCAGAGGAGGUGCAAGCCCCAGGUCAUGGACCUGCCCCAGGGCCCAGCGGCCAGCAGCACCCCUUCGGAGGACCCCAGCCCCACUGCAGGCACCGCAGGGCCCAGCCAGGCCCCUGCCAGCCCAGCAGCCAGCAGGAGGGCGCUCCUCCGGGAGCUUGAGGCCCAGGUGCAGGCGGCCUACGGGCAGGACCGGGAGCUGCGGCCCGAGGAGAUUGAAGAGCUGCAGGCUGCCUUCCAGGAGUUUGACCGAGACCGGGACGGCUACAUCGGCUACCGCGAGCUGGGAGCCUGCAUGCGGACCCUGGGCUACAUGCCCACCGAGAUGGAGCUCAUCGAGAUCUCGCAGCAAAUCAGUGGCGGGAAAGUGGACUUCGAGGACUUUGUGGAGCUGAUGGGCCCCAAGCUGCUGGCAGAGACGGCAGACAUGAUUGGCGUCCGGGAGCUCCGGGACGCCUUCCGGGAGUUCGACACCAACGGGGACGGCUGCAUCAGUGUCGGGGAGCUCCGGGCGGCCCUCAAGGUCCUGCUGGGGGAGCGCCUCAGCCAGCGGGAGGUGGACGAAAUCCUGCAGGACAUCGACCUCAACGGGGACGGCCUGGUGGACUUUGAAGAAUUCGUGCGAAUGAUGUCUCGCUGAGCCUGUGCAGAAGCUGCAGGAAGCAGACAGGACACGAGGACCUCAGCCUCUGCCUGCCAGCGGGUUCCUUGAAGCCCAUGUGGACAGCUGCGCCCGGCUCCUGCCUGUGGGUGCCCUUGUCUGUCUUCGGCCCUCACCCCAUGUUUCCCUGACAAUAAAGCCUCUUCAAGCCAGG